CUCGACACGGGCUCCUUCCAGGAGCCGCUGAACUUCAUCCAGUACGCGGUCGCGGGCGAGUACCGGCCCCACUGCGACGGCGUCUGCAACCGCAAGCCCUACGCGCGCGGCGGCCGCGUCGCGACGCUCAUCCACUACUGCAAGGCCGCGGACGUCGGCGGCGGCACCGUGUUCCCGAAGGCGAACAUCAAGGUCCAGCCGCGGGACGGCUCCGCGGUGCUCUUCGCCUACAAGCGCGACGACGGCUACAUGGACGACGGCAACACCAUGCACACGGGCUGCCUCGUGCGCGAGGGCUACAAGCAGAUCGUCACGAUGUGGAUGCGCGAG